AUGGUGCUCCUCGGCGGCCUGGAACUCGUGGCUGCAGGAUACCUGCUGAAAGAAAUCGGGAAAGACAAUCAAGCCGAAGAAGAACAACAACGACAACACAGACGACGGCGUCGACGACGCCAUUCUCGAGACGACCAUCAUCGCCACGACAACAACCACGCACGUCCACCAAGCCGCUACGAUGGCUCGCCGCCUCUGUCUUCUGUUCGUCCCGGCCGUCCUCAACAGCCACAGCCACAGCAACAGCAAGGUCCGUCAUACAAUCACCAGCUCAUGCCACCCGUAGGACCUCCGCCCCGACCGUACAGCGCACCGCCGCCGCAGAACCGUCCUCAGCCGCCUAGUAAUAGUACCUGGCAGCAUCCUCAAUCUCCACCUCUGCCUCCAUAUGCACAAGCUCAUCAUCCAUAUCCUGUUCCUGUUCCUGUUCCCCUCCAGAACCAAAGCUAUGGAACAUGGCCGCAACAACAACAUCCGCAAGCGUGGCAGCAACAACGUCCACCACAACAACAAUCGCCGAGGCCACCACCACCAGCUGGACAAGUAGCUGGUAGUCAACCGCCCGCCCCAAACAUUCCCAACAAUGCCUCACAACCGCCACAAUCACACCUACAGCGACCCGCGACGACGAACUCGACGACAUGGUACCCACCGCCAGGAAUGCAUCUGGACAUGAAAACAGGCAAAUUCCACGCCAACAUGUAUCCGCCCGAGAUGUUUGAAAGUCGCGACUCCAAGGAGAAGCAGAGCCGUAACGGCACGGGAAGCCCAUCGGAAUCCGAACCAGAAUCAGAACCAGAACCAGACCAUCACCGCCGCGAAGACCACAACAACUCAAGAUUCCCCAGUACGUCUAACAAUAACCAUAAUAAUCGGCCACAGCAGCAGUAUCACAGCUACUCUCAGCCUCAGAUCGGCGCCCCGGUGUCCCCUCCGCAUGGAUUCGCCGAACUCGAUGCCGAGACCCCGGGCCGGUAUAGACCGUAUUAUCACGAUAGGAAGACCACUGACAGCCGUCAAAUCACGUACAUGACGCCCGAUGGGAUGCGAUCUCCACCCCCGGCAUAUCGAGAGUGA